AUGUCAGGGUCUGGGAGAAAAGACUUCGAUGUGAAGCACAUCCUGCGACUCCGCUGGAAACUCUUCAGCCACCCAUCGCCAUCCUCCGGCGGCCCGGCGGGGGGCGGCUGCCUGCAACAGGACGGCAGCGGCAGCUUUGAACACUGGGGACCAAGCCAGAGUCGCCUGCUCAAAAGCCAAGAGAAAGGCAGCGUGAGCACUUUCUGGAAGAAGACUUCCUCUUCUUCCUCUUCUUCGUCUUCCUCUCCGUCCUGUUCCUCCUCUUCCUUCAACCCACUGAAUGGCACUCUGCUGCCAGUGGCCACGAGGUUGCAGCCAGGGGCGCCAGGGCAUCGCACCCAACAGCCGGCCAGGACCCUCUUCUACGUGGAGUCCCUAGAAGAGGAGGAAGUGCCAGGCAUGGACUUUCCUGGACCACACGAAAAAGGGCUGGUCCCUCAAGAGCUCAAAGUGGAGCCGGCCGACUCGAGCCAGGCAACAGGUGAAGGAUUUGGACACAGGCUGUCAGCAACUAGCCAUUCGCUGACACCUCAAAGUGAUAUGGACUCCAGUAGCUCUGAAGAAUUCUAUCAGGCUGUUCACCAUGCUGAGCAAACCUUCAGAAAAAUGGAAAGUUACUUGAAACAACAACAACUCUGUGAUGUUAUCCUGAUUGUUGGGAACCGAAAGAUACCUGCACAUAGGCUUGUUCUGAGCUCAGUCUCCGACUAUUUUGCUGCCAUGUUUACAAGUGAUGUUUGUGAAGCCAAGCAAGAGGAGAUCAAGAUGGAAGGCAUAGACCCCAAUGCCCUCUGGGACCUUGUCCAAUUUGCAUACACAGGUUGCUUGGAAUUGAAGGAAGACACCAUUGAAAACCUCCUUGCUGCAGCGUGCCUUCUUCAGCUGCCUCAAGUAGUAGAAGUGUGCUGCCAUUUCCUCAUGAAACUUUUGCAUCCAUCUAACUGUUUAGGAAUCCGAGCAUUUGCAGAUGCUCAAGGAUGCAUUGAGUUAAUGAAGGUGGCCCAUAGCUACACAAUGGAAAACAUAAUGGAAGUUAUAAGAAAUCAAGAGUUUUUACUGCUUCCAGCCGAGGAGCUCCAUAAACUGCUGGCCAGUGAUGAUGUAAAUGUUCCUGAUGAAGAAACCAUCUUCCAUGCGUUAAUGAUGUGGGUCAAAUAUGACAUGCAGAGGAGAUGCAACGACUUGAGUAUGCUUCUUGCCUUUAUAAGACUGCCGCUGCUUCCACCACAGAUAUUGGCUGACCUAGAAAACCAUGCGUUAUUUAAAAAUGAUCUGGAAUGUCAAAAGCUGAUUCUGGAAGCAAUGAAAUAUCAUCUAUUGCCAGAAAGAAGAACUUUAAUGCAAAGUCCAAGAACUAAACCUAGAAAGUCUACAGUUGGAACUCUGUAUGCUGUAGGAGGAAUGGACAACAACAAAGGAGCUACAACCAUAGAGAAAUAUGACCUCAGGACAAAUUUGUGGAUCCAGGCAGGGAUGAUGAACGGCAGGAGGUUGCAGUUUGGUGUGGCUGUUAUUGAGGACAAACUCUUUGUAAUUGGAGGUCGAGAUGGCUUAAAGACAUUGAACACUGUUGAAUGUUACAAUCCCAAAACCAAGACUUGGACUGUCUUACCACCAAUGUCAACACAUAGGCAUGGUCUAGGUGUGACAGUACUUGAAGGCCCUAUUUAUGCAGUGGGAGGCCAUGAUGGCUGGAGCUAUCUGAACACAGUGGAGAGGUGGGAUCCUCAGAGUCAGCAAUGGACAUUUGUAGCCAGCAUGUCGAUUGCCCGAAGCACAGUUGGAGUAGCAGCAUUGAAUGGCAAAUUGUAUUCAGUUGGAGGUCGUGAUGGAAGUUCCUGUUUGAGUUCAAUGGAAUACUACGAUCCUCAUACAAAUAAGUGGAACAUGUGUGCUCCAAUGUGUAAGAGGAGAGGGGGUGUUGGAGUGGCCACCUGCGAUGGUUUUCUUUAUGCAGUAGGAGGUCAUGAUGCUCCUGCUUCGAAUCACUGUUCCCGGCUACUAGAUUAUGUAGAAAGAUAUGAUCCCAAAACAGACACAUGGACCAUGGUGGCUCCUUUGAGUAUGCCCAGAGAUGCUGUUGGAGUCUGUCUCCUUGGUGACAGAUUAUAUGCCGUUGGUGGUUACGAUGGGCAGACAUACCUCAACACUAUGGAAUCCUAUGAUCCACAAACUAAUGAGUGGACACAGAUGGCUUCCUUGAAUAUUGGGAGAGCAGGUGCCUGUGUGGUAGUCAUCAAGCAACCUUGA